CCAUUCGCGCGCAUAAUUUCCUCGACUCGUGUAUACAUAGGCUCGCUCGCGCGUACCGACAGUCCUGCAGGGGGCCAGGCGCGCGCGUCUCCGUGUAAGCCGACGACGACUCGCCUUUCGUUUUUUCUCUCGCUCUUGUCGAGGAGCGAGCACAAGUAUAUAUACGAAGCAGUCGCUGCGCUGCAAUUGGUGUUUAUCAUGAGUCCUCUGGUCGCCGUGGCUGCUAUUGCUCUCUUAAUCACGACUGAUUACGCGCAGGCCACUCGUUUCACGAUAACCGAUCAGGUCUACUUCGACAUAAUGAUCGGCGACAAUCCGGCCGGCCGGAUGGUCAUCGGCUUGUUUGGCGAGGACACGCCGAAAACCGUGAAAAACUUCAUGACCCUGGCGAGCGAAGGGAUCGAGGGCAAAACUUACGCUGGCUCCAAGUUUCAUCGGGUUAUCAAAAAGUUCAUGGUUCAAGGCGGAGACAUAGAGAAAAACGACGGCAGCGGUUCCAUCAGUAUUUACGGCAAGUACUUCGACAACGAGAACUUCAAAUUCGAUCACGUGGGCCCCGGCAUGGUCAGCAUGGCAAACGCGGGCAAGGACACGAACGGAUGUCAAUUCUUCAUCACGACGAUCGCGACUCCUUGGCUGGACGGCCAGCACACCGUUUUCGGCAAGGUCGUAGACGGCAUGGACGUGGUCUUCAAGAUAGAGAACACGAGGACGGACGUGGACGAUCAUCCCAUUCUGCCGGUCGUCAUACAGGAAUGCGGAAUUCUUCCUACUUAUUCGCCAUACACUGUAUCCGAUAAUCCUUACGAUCUCUGGGCGUGGACGAAGGCCGCUUGCAUCCCGCUGAGCUUCAGCUUCGCAGUUCUCGGAUUUUUCCACUGGAUGAUGAAGCAGCUGGAUUGUUGAGUCGGUUCGAGGAAAAAGCGAUCGAUUUUACCGAUUAUUUGAUCGAAGAAAUUACGGUUGCGCACUGUAUCAUGUCCACUAUAUUAUU